CCGGAUAUCAGAAAUUUCGCCGUAGUAAUAACAGUAUAACACACACCGCCGAGACAGAAGAGAGAGCAGCAGGGCCCGGUCGAGGGCCGAGGCGACCAAGGACCUCCACCGUCGCGGCGAGCAGCAGCAGAGGACGAACGAUGCUUCCGGGCGUGGAGCUCGCGCGGCGGCGGCGCGUGCACUACCACGGCGACGUGGCGUCGGCGGCGGGCACGGGGGAGCACGUCCACCACCACUACGCGCACGCGCCCGCGCCCGCGGCGGGGCCCGCGCUCGCGGCGCGCAUCCGGCUCGAGGAGAAGCUGCGCGGCGCCGCGCUGCCGUCGACGGCGCCGUCCAGGUGGAGCAGGCUGAUGCGCGACGGGAGAUCGGCCCGAGGCAACAACAGCCCUCGAAGCAGCAGGCGAUACGAGCAGGACGCCGUCGCGAGCGGCACCGAGCCCUGGCGGCCGCCGGCCCCCGCCGACCCGACGGCGGCCCUGCUGCAGGUGGCGUCGGCGACUGUGCCGGCGUCGGCGUCGACGCGGCGCCGGCGCGCGGAGCUGACGCGGACACUGUCCAAGGUGGACGUGUGCGCGGUGUGCCUGGACGAGGUCCGGGAGCGGUGCCAGCGGGUGACCCGGCUGCCGUGCUCCCACAAGUACCACUCCGAGUGCGUCCUGCCGUGGCUCGCCAUCCACCCGGACUGCCCCUGCUGCCGCGCGCUCGUGCCGUCCCUCGACACGCUCGUCCAAGUCUAGCGGUGCUCGUGGUGGUUGGCGAUGGCGUGGCGCCUGCCGUUGGUCUCGUCUCUUGCUCUGCUCGCGGCGGGUGACGGAAAAUGUUUGGAUGUUUGUUAGGCCGCAGCUGGAACUGGAAUGCAUGUUUAGGACGUAGUACUAGCAUAGAGGAGGACUUGUAUAGAUGGCUUGGUAGCCAGUAGACUACUGGACUAGGAGACGAGCUCUGGAACUCUGGUGCUGUGUUUGUAUUCAAAACCAUGUGAAUUGCACGAGUUUUGGC